AUGGGAGACUUGCCAAAUGUUCGAGUUUGUCCUUCGAGGCCAUUCAACAACGUCGGUAUUGAUUACGCAGGCCCAUUAUGGAUUAAGGAAGGGAGACGCCGCAACACUCGCUCAGUGAAGUGUUAUCUGGCGAUCUUUGUCUGUAUGGCAAUCAAGGCAGUACAUAUAGAGGUCGUUUCUGACUUAUCCACACCUGCGUUCAUAGCUGCACUACAUCGUUUUAUUUCACGUCGGGGUAUUCCAGCUCAUAUCUAUUCCGAUUGUGGAACGAACUUCCAAGGCGCCGAUGCAGUAUUACGCACUCAAUUGCGAGAUCCGGUUGUACGUGAACUCUGUUCCACCCAGAUUCCAUGCCAAUGGCAUUUCAAUCCUCCUGCAGCCCCUCACUUUGGGGGACUGUGGGAAGCAGCUGUGAAGUCAACAAAAUAUCAUCUUAAACGAGUCAUUGGUACUCAGCUGUUGACAUUUGAGGAAAUGUCCACCUUAGCUCACAGAAUUGAAGCUCUGCUCAACUCACGGCCACUUGUACCACAAUCAUCUGACCCAUGUGACCUACGAGUGCUAACUCCUGGAGACUUUUUGAUCGGAUGUCCGUUAGUCGCGUUACCAGAGCCAGAUCUGACUUCCACGCCGAUGAACCGGUUAUCUCGAUGGCAGUUACUGACCCAGUUUCAACAAUCGUUUUUGAAACGGUGGUCAUCAGAAUACUUGACUACGCUUCAGGGCCGAUCAAAAUGGUAUCGUAAGCAAGUGAACAUCGCAGUCGGAGACCUCGUGAUAGUGCAUCAUCCAAAAACAUCUCCAACACAUUGGAAAUUAGGGAGAGUCGAGUUGACCCAUCCGGGCGAGGAUGGAGUGGUGAGAGUCGUUACCGUUCGAACAAGUGACGGGAGUUACAAACGGCCCGUCGUGAAGUUAGCAGUUUUGCCUGUCGAGGAUGAACAGGACUCCUGA